AUGAUCUGGAUGAAGUCCUCACUGACACUGGGCUGGCAUGUGUCCAAUACGCUGUUCAUUGUCCUGACGCUAUCGCAGCCUCUGUGGACGGACCAGAAGCUGCCGUUCAUUGCGGCUUAUCCUUUCGAGUGGCACGAUCCAGAAAAACAUCCCAUAGCUCAUGCCGUCAUAUACAUUUGGCAAUCCUAUUUCGUAGCCUACAACAUGGCCUGUAUCCUCUAUUGCGACGUUCUAUCGGCGCACUUGUUCGGCCAGCUGGCGAUCAACUUGAAAAUUCUGUGCAUUGAACUGGACACCUUUGCCAGGCUGCAUCAGGGAGAUGAGGAAAAGUUUCGCAGCCAGCUCGGUGACCUGAUUAAGCUUCAUCAGAGAGCCAUUAGGAAUGUGAAUCGCGUCAACGAAGUGUUCUAUGCGCCGCUCACAAUGCAAAUGCUAACCGAGUUUCUACUGAUAUCUCUGUCCGCGUUCGAGACUCUGGCCUCUAGACAAGACCUCCAAGUGGCCAGCAGAUUCAUUAUAUUUAUGAUUCUAACGUUUUUCCAUUGCGCCUACUAUUGCUAUUUUGGCGACAUGGUCACCGAGUACUCGAAGCAGGUGGCCCAAUCCGCUUACGGCGCCUACGAAUGGUCGCCAAACUCGAGGAUCAUACGACGUGAUCUACUCUUCAUGAUUUGCCGAGCACAGCAGCCGCUGUCCCUGACCCCCAGCCCGUUUCCGCCCUUCAACUGGAUCACUUUUAUGAGCAUAUGUAAGCAGUGCUAUAGUGUACUGACACUCUUGAUGGAGAGCAUGGAUUAG